CCUGUUGAAGCCUUCAAAAACCAAAAUAAGUCUCUCCCCAACAUGGCUUCGCUAGGCGAGGGUUUUCCUGAUUUUAAUGAAUUAAAGGUUCUGGCAAAAGAUGAACUAAUUCGUACCCUUGAGUCAAUGCCUGGAAGUAAGGAUCUGGUAAUCGAACCAAAGCUUAUGAAGAUUUUGGAUCGAAUUGCUGGUGCACAGCUUUUAAGGAAUCAUGGCGCCAGCAAGAUCUUCAAAUUGGAACUGGCACCAAUAAGAGCUGAAUGUGAACAGAGGAUGUACCUAUGUCGGCCAACAGCAGAGAACAUGAAGCAAAUAGCAGGUCAGAUUUUAUCUGAUAAACAAAGUGAUAAGAAAAUAUCCUACUGUGUGGUACUCAUCCCAAAAAAGAUGCACAUAUGUGAGUUAAUCAUGGAACAAGAAGGUGUAUAUGGAGAUGUUAUAUUUGAGGAAUUGAAACUUGGGCUCAUUCCGUUGGACACUGAUAUUGUAUCAUUAGAACUACCAGAGUUUUUCAAAUCCUUUUAUCUGCAUGGUGAUCAAAGCUGGAUUGGUGCAAUUGUGAACUCGUUGAUAAACCUUCAAGUUUUAUUCUGCAAGAUCCCUAAUAUUUAUGGCCAAGGGCGGUGUGCUAAAAUGGUGUUGGAAAUGACUAAAACCAUAGAAAAUUUACAAGGCGGAGUUCUUGGCACUCCUGAUCACCAGAUUGGACAUCUGUUUUUGAUUGACAGGGAAAUAGAUUUGGUGACACCCCUUUGCACACAGACAACUUACGAAGGUCUUGUAGAUGAAACAUUUGGAAUUAAUUGUGGCUAUUGUGAGUUUGGACCUGAAGUGACUGGAACAGAUAAAAGCGUUAAGCUUUUAUUGAACUGUGAAGAUGAGGUGUUUGAUGAAAUAAGGAAUCGUCAUAUAACAAAUGUCUUCACAUUCCUUAAAAGCAAGGCACAGUCAGUCCAAACUGGAUACUCAAAAGGUAAAAACAUAACACAGAUUGGACAGAUGAAAGAUUUUGUACAAAAUGAACUUAAGGACUUGAAGCAACAAUUUAAAUCUUUGACAAUUCAUAUUGGGGCAUGUGAGAAGAUCUUAAACCAGACAACUACAGAACCAGAUUUUAGGGACCAUCUCCAAACUGAACAUGCAAUUGUAGAGGGUAGCGGCUACAGAGAUAAUUUUAACUUCAUUGAGGAGAAACUUGACAGGCAGGAAGAAAAGACUUCAGCAACCAAGACUUUAAGACUGAUGUGCUUACUGUCAUUGGCAUCAAAUGGUCUUCCCAGUAAAGACUUCAAAACUCUGCAGUCUCAUUUCCUUCAAAGUUAUGGCUAUGAACACUUGUUAACGCUAUCAAAUCUGAAGAGGUGCGGACUGUUCACGGAACAGCAAGGAACAGAUGUGACAAAGCUCUCCAUGUCGGAUGUGCAAAAGUUGGCUGAUAAAGCAUUAAAGAAAACCGCAUUCAGAGCUAUUUGUAAAAAAUGGAAUUUAGUUCCUAAAGACAGUGUGCAACUCCAAAAUCCAAACGACAUGUCAUAUGUGUUUAGUGGUGCGUACACGCCACUCUCUUGCAAGCUUAUAGAACAGACUUUAAUGAAAGGUCCCUCUAAUACACUAGAAGAAGUAGUUAAAUUGUUGCCUGGAGAAAACAUUAGCUUUACAAGAUCCAUGUCUGCAAAAGGUCAAAGGUCAGGUUCUGCAAAAAUUCCCAACAAGGUUGUAUUAGUUUACUUCUUAGGUGGAUGCACCUUUUCUGAAAUAGCUGCUCUUCGUCUUCUUGGUGCAAUGAAAGGCUACAAGUUUCUGUUUGCAACUACAUCUAUUAUGAAUGGUACAUCGUUAAUGGAAUCCAUGACAGAUAAUGGGAAAGGAAGAGCAUAAGUCCACCAAGUGCAGUAUUAAGGUCCUGAAGAUCGAUAUCUGGAUAAAGUGCACUCUCAACCAUGAUUUUCAGAAAUUUCUACAUCUUGAUGAGGAUAAUUUCAGCAUAGGCAUUCUGUGAGGUUCUGUUCUGAAAUCAUUGCUGAAAAAUUAUUUUUUCUGUAUCAAAAUAAUGGAGUAGUUCAACACUUUGAUUGAUUCAUACCAAAAAUAUUUUAAAAUAAAUCCCAGUUCUUGGUAACCUGAGAUCAAAGAUGAGUAUUUUAUGAGGUAUGCCAUGGUAGUAAAGAAAGAUAUGUUCACAUUUUUUUACAUUCAGAUAGCACAAUGUGAAUAAAAAGGGAUUUUAUAUGAUAAAAGUUAUGUCCUGUGUACUUAUAUUCUUUCCUUAUAUAUUUGGAUUUUGUACUUUUAUCCUCUCUUCUUCUUCAUAAUUCUUUUGGAGUCUACUUUGUAGAUUUUUUCCAGUUCCUCCCACCCCCAUUUUUUGCAUGGAUAUUCCCCCUCUUAAUAUGAUUCCCCUCUCCCUCACCACGCUAUUGCAUGUGUCCAAUCUACCUUAGUAUUGAUCUUCUAACUUGGUACGAAUAACUUUACAUGGCUACUCAUCUGAAGUAUACCUUUCACCUAUUGGUAUGGAUCUCCUCUUAUUUCAUUUGACAAAACAUGUGACAUGACCAUAUAUAUGCAGGUCAUGACUAAAUAUGGGCAUACAACAGUUUUUGUUUUUUUUUUUCAAAUAAAAUGUGAUAAUCUGGACCGGGCUUCAAAAUGGCAUCCUAUUAAUGAAUCUUUUCUCACUUAAAUGCCUUUAUCAUUAUUUAAUUACUUUUAAAUAUAUUAGAAUUUCUAAUGAUUAUCUCUAACAGACUUGCCAUGAUAUAUAAUAUGAUUGUUUUCCAACUAAUCCAUGUACAUUAUUAAUGUAAUUGAUGUACAUAUUCAUUAAAUGUGAGAGAAAGUUUGUGCAGGAAUUUUUGAAAAUUUGCCUGCCAAUAUAUUAAUUCCUGUUUAUAUUAUAUAUGAUAUGUGAUGACAUAUAGAAUGCCAGGGGUCACAUGCCAUACAAUGUUUAAAAUAGCAUUUGAGUUUAUAGUCGGUUUUAAAGGAUUUACCUGAAAUAUAUUCUGUUCGUUGAGUCCGCUAAAGGUUGAAUGUCUAAUUUUAAAAUGUUAUAUUUUAAUAUUGGUUUUAAAUACCAUUCUGAUAUUGAUUUAAAUCAUUUCUGUAAAGGUAAGAAGAAUCUGGUUCAAUUUAAAAAAAAAUGUCUUUUACCAAUAACUCUUAUUAUUAAAUAUUUAUUCUGGUGUAAUUCAAAGUGGCUGUAUAUUGGUAGGUCAAACGUUUACUCUCUAAUUCCAUGGUCCGCAAUUGAAAUAAUCCAGUACAAAAAAUAUUCAUACAACUAAUACCUGAUUCACAUGAGACAAAGUGUUACAUAGAACACAUUCUAAGAAAAAAAAUUGGCACAUGUCCUCUGCUAAUCACAUCGAUGUGAAUAUGCGUUAAUGUAAAAUUAGCUUGUGUCCCACUUGUUAAUUAAACUUUGUUUAUAGAUAUUAUAGUCACAUCUUCUAUGUAGUGUAUGUACUUACUCUUAGAUCUGAAAUUUAAAAAAAGGGAAUUAAAUAGAAAAUGAUAAUAAUAAAGAAAAUGAUAAUAAGGAUAAUGAUAAUAAUAAAGAUAAUGAUAAUAAUAAUAAUGAUAAUAAUAAAGAUAAUGAUAAUAAUGAUAAUUAUAAAGAAAUACAUGAAACUUUAAUUUCAUUAGAUGAUUGCACCUAAUAAUCCUUUGUCCAAUUAUACUGCAUAUUAAGUUUAGUUCCAUUUGAUUUAAAAUUAAGAAGAAAACUUCUCCAUUUUUUAAAAGUACUUAUGACAAUGUUAAUGUAUAUAUUAUAGGUACCAAUAGAAAAGUUCUGAGCUUGCUAGAUAAAUCUAUAACUACCCUGUUGUAGUCUUGUUGUUGAAAUGAAUAUAAAUUGAAUUAUGAUUCAAACCAAAUUAAUGUAUACCUGGUAUGUAAUAUGCAUUUGAUUUAACUAAACCUAUUUUGGUAGCCAAUACAGUACUGUAUAAUUUAAUGAUAAUACUAUCUUUUCCUUGUCUAUCACAUUUCAUUUCACUGAAAGGUUAUAAGGAUAUUGUCGUUAAGUUUAAUAUCUCCCAGUUGUGUUGUAAUUCUUGAAUUUUAUAAUUCUGCAGAUGAAACUGUCCAUGCAAUAAUUUGGACAAUAUUUGACUGCAGAGAAACAAUUGUAUAUUUAAACAUAGACCAUAAAUUUGGUUUAUGUAGUUCUUUGUUUGUCUUUUCCUGCUAUACACUGCAUUUUUGAUUAAAAUUCUGAUUAUUUUUGAUAUGAUGAAAUGCUGUUUCGAAAUGGCUGUUAUUGCUAUUAAUGAAUGUUUAGAUUAUACGCAGGAAAAUUCCGUUUUAUAUUAGAUGACAUUAUAUGGAUGUGAAACUUGAUUAGAAUUCCAGGUGGCCUUUACAUUCCAUAUUCAAUUCUGGGAUAAU